AUGGACUCGAAACCUGCUCGUACUCCUCUAGUCAGCAAGCUCAAGUUGGAUGUUAAAGCAGAACCCCUAACUAAUCUUAGCACCUAUCAAAGAUUAGUUAGGAAACUCAUUUAUCUUACUAUUACGAGACCAUACAUUGCUUAUGCAGUGAGUCUUAUUAGUCCGUUCUUGCAUUCUCCUACCUCACUUCACUGGGAAAUUGUCAAAAGACUUCUUAGGUACCUCAAAGGCUCAGUGGGAAAGGGCAUUCUCAUGAAGAAAAAUGGUUUAGGUCACAUUAUGGGCUAUACCGAUGUUGAUUGGGCAGGUAAUGCCCUUGAUCGCAAAUCUACCAUAGGUUUUGGCACCUUUGUUGGGGGCAACCUUGUUACAUGGAAGAGCAAGAAGCAAGCUGUGAUAGCUAGGUCAAGUGCCGAAGCUAAGUACCGUGCGAUGGCAUCCACUGCUUGUGAGCUUAUUUGGUUAAAGAGUCUCCUCGUAGACCUUGGUUUUUCAAGCACUCAAUCGAUGUAUUUGCACUGUGAUAACCAAGCUACCAACACAUCGCAUCGAAUCCGGUGUUUCACGAAAGAACAAAACACAUUGAACUGGAUUGGCACUACAUGCGUGCCCAAGUUCAAGCCAAAGUGA